GAGGCGCAUCGCUACCUGGCCGCCUAACGUCCUCCUCCGCGGCAGAGUUUGAGAAACGGCCCGGACUUCCUGGUACAUGGCCGGCCGGGGAGGGAGCCGCGCCGCCGGCGUAAUCGACGAGAGGAGAGACCCCGUCGAGUUGAACGCAAGGUCAUGAGUGCCUCGAGGAAGGAGCCAACGGAGAACGAGCGCACCCGAGCCCACAGUCGCCCAGCCCGGGCCAACACGGGAUCCCGCCAUGACUUCUGACAGCGAUCGGGAUGCCGCCGUGAAACUGGAGCAGGAACGGGCGCAGAUCGUGGCCAAAUAUGAAAAGGGAAAAGACGCCACCGUGGAGCCCUGGGAGGACACCGACUUCCACCUGUACAAGGUCAUCGACCGUUUCGGCUUCGUGCACGAGAAUGAGCUUCCGUCCUACGACUCGGUGGAGGAAAAGCACAAGCACACGGAGUUGGAGAGGACAACCAAGUGGCUGAAGAUGCUGAAGAGUUGGGACAAAUACAAGAACAGCGAAAAGCUCGUGCGGAGGAUCUACAAGGGAAUCCCGCUGCAGCUCCGGGGGGAAGUGUGGUCGCUGCUGCUGGACGUUCCCAAAAUCAAGGAGGAGAAGAAGGACUUCUAUGAGAAGCUGAAGGCCAGAGCCAAGCGCUCGUCUCCAGACGUCCGCCAAAUCGACCUGGACGUCAACCGCACCUACAGGGAUCACAUCAUGUUCAUGCAUCGCUACGACGUCAAGCAGCAGGCUCUCUUCCACGUACUCACGGCCUACUCCGUGUACAACCUGGAGGUGGGCUACUGCCAGGGCAUGAGUCAGAUCACGGCGCUGCUGCUCAUCUACAUGAAUGAAGAAGACGCCUUCUGGGCUUUGGUCAGGCUGCUGUCGGGUCACGAGCACGCCAUGCACGGGUUUUUCGUCCCGGGCUUCCCCAAGCUGAUGCGCUUCCAGGAGCACCACGACCGCAUCCUGAAGAAGAUGAUGCCCAAGCUCAAGCGACACCUGCCAAGAGGUGCUGACCAGCCUGUACACCAUGAAGUGGUUCUUCCAGUGCUUCCUGGACAGAACUCCCUUCACCCUCACGCUCAGGAUCUGGGACAUCUACAUCCUGGAGGGCGAGAGGAUUCUUCCGGCCAUGUCCUACACUGUCCUCAAACUGCACAAGAAGCACCUGAUGAAGUUGUCCAUGGAGGAGCUGGCGGACUUCCUGCAGGUGACGUUGUCCGCAAAUUUCUUUUUCGAGGACGACUUUGUGGUGGAGCAGCUCCGAGCCUCCGUGGCGGAGCUCCGAAGGGCCAAGCUGGAGCUGCCCGCUCCAGCCAACCACUACAAAACGCCGGCGGUAAAGAUGAGGAGUUCCCCAAGAAGCCGCUGGGGCAGCUUCCCGAGCUGGCUGCCAACCACGUGGGCAACGGUCAGAGCCACGCGGAGCCGGCCGACCCGCCCGCUCCGGUGCCGGACGGUCGUCCCCCGAGUCGGUUACGCCGGGACUCUCUGGACAAGUCCGCACGCCGGCGCAAAACCGACAUCAGAGACGGUCAAGUUCAGGCGGCCUCCGACGGGCGACGCCAGCCUGAAAAAGGGGCGGGGCCGGCCGCACAGGGCCCCGCCGACCGCGUCUCCGACGCCGCCCCCGGCCCCCAGCGGGACGUCGGGCCUCGUUGGUUCAAACCCUCCGAGACCAAACUGGAAGCGGCCAAGGCCACGGCGGCGCGGGAGGACUGGCGGAGCCGGGCGGGGGCGGCGGCCUCCGGCCCGGAUGACGCCCGGCGGACCGAGCCCCGCCCGCGCUCCAAAGGUUUGGUUCCGGGCGCCGACCGCGGUUCUGACGCCUCCCAGUACGACAACGUACCGGGACUAGAGCCGGAGUUCGAGAUCCUGGAGCUGGAGAGACCCCCGACCAGGAUGCAGGCUCCUCGCGGCGAGACGCCCUCCUACGGCGUGGCGCCCGGCGGGAAUGUCUUUUCGGCUCAGUCCGGGUCCAGGAUGCCCUCGCACCCUCCUCAUCGGCCAGUGGGAGACCAGACCCGCUUUUCCGCAAACCAAAACCACCAUCGGGUCCCUACCGAGGUCCCCGUUUUACACCCGGGGCACAGGCAGUACGACACGGGGGUCGGGGAUCGAGCCUUCGCCACCGCCGGGCGACAGCCCGACGAGGUCUCCCCCGAGCGGGCUCUCCUGAACUACUAUGUAACUCACCGCGGGGAUCCGCCGCGCAACCUCAGCAGCCCCCGACCGCCCCCCUUGCAGCUGGAGCUGCAGGGGCACGCCACCCCCAUCUCCCUGCAAAAGCUCACCUCCACCGCACAGGUCCACGCCCCUUCGGACUACAGGCUCCAGGGGCGCGUCCGGCACCUCCCGGAAGGGCGCCCCCCGGGAUGCCGGCGGGGCCCGGAGGAGCCGCCGCAGUCCCCGGGCCGGGUGCCUCGCUCGACCAGCUUCCAGAGAGCCCAGAUGUCUCCCGUGGAGGUGUUUGAGUUUCCGGACGACGACGACGACAGGACGCGGCGGCUCGUCGUGCGCCAACAGCUGUUCGGAGGCGCGUACUACAGGCACGCGCAGGAGGCCUUCGCCAUGCAGGAGUCCAUGCUGCUCUGACUCCACCGGCAGCAAUGCGAAAAACGAAGCUUCAGGUCCAUGGACUAGAUCGCUCUUGGUGCAUUUCAGUGCACUAGUAGAAGGAGUGUAUCCUACUAGGGACCUUUUUCACUACCGAGUUUGGUUGUCAAGGAGAUAGAAGAAACGCUUUCCGUCCGGAGGUGAAGUCAGAGACACGCCGGCCGCUCAACUUUCUACUCAACACUUUAAACAAGGAUUUAACAUUUACAAAACAAAGGCCGAAGAUUUUAUUUUAUUUUUGGAUGUAAAUUGGAAACGAGUAUAACUAUAUAACUCUUAGAGUCGGAUAUGUACAGCGUUUUUGUUAAUAAUUUGGAGGAGAGAGAGAGAAAAAGUGAUUGUCCAUCUUUAUUUUUGUUACUCGUAGAUGUUGACACUCCAUUUCAGUUCAUGCUUGUGAAUGUUGUUUUUUAUUGUUGGUUUUUUGCAAUAACAAAAGUAAGCAAUGACUCACUGGACUUUUAUCAUUUACAUUUUCAAGCACCUCCAUUGUGCUCUUUGUGUGUGUGUGUGUGUUAAUUAUUAUCAUGACUCGGUUUCUGGGAUGUAUUCAUCUCUGAUCAACUGAAGUGCAAUCUUUUUUCUUUUAUUUAUAUAUAUAUAUAUAUAUAUGUAUGUAUAUAUAUAUAUAUGUAUGUAUGUGUGUAAAUGUACACAGUGAGUACUGUAUCAUGAGGCCAGUGUUUUGUUUGUUUUGUUUUGUGGUGUAUUACAAACACGAAUGUAAUUUGUAAUUUUUUAUGUAUGUCUGAUGGCUUCGAUACAUGUAUAAUGUAACUUUAGACGCCAUGUUUUGUUGUUUUUGUUUGUGUGUGUCUGAAAGAUAACUGAUCUUGAGCUCGGCCGAGUUGCAGUGAAGCUUUGCGUUAACUAAUUCCGUUUUCUUUUUGUCAACACUGUCAAGUGGACUACUGUUCCUGAACACUAAAUGUGUAUGACACAUUUGCGCGUUGAACUGUUUUUGUCUUCUUUUACACUCUCCCAUUUUACAUUCACAAAGCUUAAUUUGUUGGACGACUAACUGCACAAUUGCAUUUGGAUAUUUUGGAUGAAUAAACAAAGUUGAAGUGGAA